CUACCGAUGAAGUCCUGGGCGUUUCUUAUCUUGCACGAUCCCUGCAUCAAUAUAAAGGUGUCGGGUAAUUACUGAAGACUCGCAGGACUCUGCCUUUGGCGCCGUCAUCGCUGGGAUGGGAAUUGGCAACGGUCCUUCUCGCCAACCGGCAACGCCUGAGGAAGCUGCCGAAGAUGCAGCAUGGCGCCAGAGCAUCAUCUUCUCGACGAGAAAGGUUUAUACAGGAGUAUCUGUUGUGUACCUGUCGUUUAUUGUCAUCACAGCAACAUGGUUCGUGUGGAGGACGAGAACGGAUUCCGCUUUGGCAAAGCGAUCAGUUUUUCUGACCAUGCUAGGAUUUUUUGGCAACCUACUCAUAUCAACCCCGUUCCUUCUCCUACAAGCAAUGGAGUUUCCUUGUUUUCUCAUCCUCUGGGGUCUAUAUCUUGGUGUGACCCUUACUGUAUUUUCCUUGUCGGCCCGUGCAUGGCGACUGCGGUACCUUUUCCGAUCCCAUCAGGCCAAGCUGGCACGGAUGAAAAGCUUGGAAGGAGGAGGCAAGCGGAAUGGCGAAGGAGCGACUACUCGGGAGAUGAGUGAUGAAGAAAAGGAUUUACUAGAACCCUGGCCAGAACAUAUCCCCGCGCGAACCCGCGCAAUGGAAUCUCAGACCCUGACUAUAAAUGCGGGAUCGACAAUGGGGGGAUCAACUCUUCUGUCGCCUGGUCCCAAUGUCAGUGGGAGAACUAUAGAUGGGAGGGCAGGCAGUUUAUGGUCAGCCAUUGCAGCUUCUAGACAUGGUACCUCGCGUGGAAUGCUGGCGGUAUCUCACCCUGGUAUACCCACUUUGCAUAUCGAUGGCGCCACCGAACGAAGAAGCGACGAUGCACUAGCAUCUGCCGCAGAGGCUGGGCACGUCUCUUCACCUACGACCCGACAAGCAUCACCUUCCUUGCCAAAGAGGUCAGCUCCGACCGCUACACAAAUGUCGCUGAUCAACAUGAACCCCAAACCAGAGGAAGAACCAACCAAGCGACUGGCCUACAUCCUCUUUGGAAUACUUUCUCUUGUCGUAGGGUACAUCUGUGUCGUCACAGCGCUAUCCACGCAAUACAAGAUUCGACCUGUGAGUUAUCAAUGUACCAUGGGGACAUGGGAGAUGAUGCCAGUACUGGUCAUCAUGGCAGGAUUCUUUAUUCUGGGAUGUCCCACUCUUUGUUGGUGGCUAUGGAGAGACAAUGAUACAUAUGGGAUUAGAAGGGACCUUAUUGCGUUUGCCAUAUCAGGGACUGCUGUUGCUGUGAUGUACGGAUUACAGCAGGCAAUGUUACCCUCUGGUCGAAACUUUGGGGAAUCACCACUACGUCUCUAUUUUGGUGCAUCAAAUUGGCCAGUGUUGGGAGUUGCAGUCGGACACAUGACAUCCAUCUUCUUGCCACUCCUCGCUUCCUACGAUAUUCACCCCUUGAGACCAUUCAGCAGGUUAUUCCGAUUGUAUCGUGCACCAUCACGCGAGUCAAAUACUGACUCGGAAGGGAGCAACGAAAAACUCGAAGCCAAAAAACAGAAAGCUGGAAAGAGGCGGACAGCUAGGAAGGGGGCUGCACCCUCGAUAACAUGGACUCUAUUUGCCAGCGUCCUGGACGAUCCAGAAUGUUUCGAGGCUUUCAAGGAUUUUGCGGCGCGGGAUUUUGCAGAUGAGAAUCCCUUGUUUUAUCAAGAAUAUCGACGGUUGAUGGAAAAGGUUCGUGUAGCUCAGGCGCCAUCUCCAGGUGCCAAUAGACUCUUGCCUGGUAUAGCGGCAGGGUCUUCUGGUGAAUCAUCAGCAAAUCUUCCCGUUCCUACAGAUGGUGCAUCAUCUUUACCGGCACCACUGGUACAUCAGUCGACCAUGAGCAGAAUGUCAAUGACAGAUAAAUAUCCCGUCUUUGAUUUCACGGUCCGACGAGAAAGAACCAUCAAAAACCGAAUCAUCACCUUCCUUGCGCACCCGUUCAGUCGUCCGUUAUCUAAUACAUCGCGAGCGGGCUCACUUUUCAAUUUUGGUUCUCGAUCCCAACCAGUUCUCGUGCCUCCACCCGUAGCAGCGUCCGCGGGCGGUCUCCUCAUUCCUCCAUCUAUGCGAGACGAAUAUCGUACGUUUUAUAAAACCUUUAUUUCCCCGGGUUCACCCUGCCAGGUAAACCUCCCAGCCCGGAUCGUUGAAGAUGUAGCCAAACAGGUUGGGGAUGACUCCAAAGUCCUACCACUCGUCAGUAUAUUCGACGAAGCCCGAAAUGAGGUAUUAGAUUCCAUGUUUGAAAUGUUUCCGAGGUUUGUAGAGGCGGAACGAGAUGGGGUGGUCAAAAAGUUUUUAAAGGUCGCGAUAAAAGAUGCGAAGCGAAAUAGCAGGAGGCCUACAAAGGAUGUUGUGAUUGUGUAGGUUCAUGUUAGGCUCCACCAUCGAUAGCUUGUAGUGAUUUUUUUUUGGCAGAGUAUGUGCAUAUCCCUAUAUUGUUUCAAGUACAAGUUUGUUAAUGUUCAGUAUCUUUAUGCAAAGUGAAUUAUUACCAUGUUCAGAUUGAAAUAAAACAUUUGUUGAGAG